AUGAUCUUUUUUCCGGAGAUCCUGCUCAAGGUAAACCAGAAGUUCGCGCGGGCCUUCGAGGAGCGCAAGCGCAAGGAAGAACUCGCGAUGUUGGAGAAGCGCGGGAUUAACGCGGGUGAUGAUGACGACGAGUCCGACUCAGAGACGGAGGACGAGGAUGGCGAGGAGCUCACGAAGGAGCUGGACGCCGACAUCAGCAAGACACUUAGGCUCAUCCGCAAGAGGGACCCUGCCAUCUACGACUCGUCCAUCGCUUUCUUUAAGAAAGUAGAGGCGGACAGCGACAGUGAGGAGGAGGAAGAAAAGAAGAGCAAGAAGAAGAAAGGAUCGGCGCCGGUGUACUACAAGGAUUUAGUGCGCCAGCAGGUGAUGACAGGUGAUCAGGUGCAGAUCAAGAAGGAUUUCCUGGCCUCGCUGAAGGAAAAUGACGAGGAUUGCAACUAUGCGGAGUUUACAUCCAAGUACGGUACGACGCUAAAAAAGGACGAGGUGGACUCGGAGAAGUUCCUUGCGCAUUAUUUGAGCAGUGAAGGCUGGAAGGACAAGACUGUGGCUGUCCCGCAUUAUGAAGACAUCGUGAAAGAGGACGAGGAGGAUGCCGAGGAGUUGGAGAAGGCUGAAGAGUUUGAGCACACCUACAAUUUCCGUUUCGAGGAGCAAGGAAGUAGUCUGAGCGGAAAGGAGCGCAAGGCGCUUGAGCGUCAGAAAAAAGAGGAGGAACUGCGUCAUCUGAAGAACCUCAAGCAGGCAGAGAUUGAACAAAAGCUGAAGAAGGUGGCUCGCCUCAUGGGUGAAGCUGAAGGCACGGCUGGCCUGAAGCCAGAGGACUUGGAAGGUGAUUUCGACCCCGAAGAGUAUGAUAAGCGAAUGCAAGCGGUAUUUGACGAGCAGUACUACGAUGAGAACGACGACGAUAUGGAGAAGCCUACCUGGGACGAGGAGGAGGAUAAAGAGCUGUUCGGUGGUCUUCCUAAGAUGAAAAUCGAGGAAAUGCAGCAUGAGAAGCAGAAGUAUAUGGACGAGCUGUACAGCCUGGAUUACGAAGAUCUGAUUGGGGACAUUAAGUGUCGCUUCAAGUACCGUCAGGUUCAGAACAACGAUUUUGGUCUGACGGUGGAUGAGAUCAUGGCAGCUGACGACAAGGAGCUUAAGCAGCUCGUGUCUCUCAAGCGCAUGGCACCGUAUGCCGACAUUGAAUACACUGUGGAUCGCAAGCGGCUUAAAACGUUCAAGAAAAGCAUCAGGGAAUCCCAGGAAGAUAACCGCAGACGCAAGAAUAACGAGGAAAAAACUGGAGCUAAUGAACUGCAAGAGGCAGAGCAGCCAAAGAAAAAGCGGAAACGUGAUAAGAAGACGAAGCUGAAGGCUUCAGGUGAACCCGAAACGAAGAAGAAACGUCGCAGCAAGAAGAAGAAGACCAGCGAGAUGAACGCGUACGCAUCUACAGGUCUGCCGACUUCUCGACUUGAGUCGUACAAGCUGGUCAAGCCUAGUAAGAAGUAG